CAAACUGUACAUGUGCAAUAUUGUUUGUUAUGAUAUUGUUUUGAUAUAAAAUAAUUUAAUUGUGCCUUAGUAGGUGUUUUAUUCAUUUUUAUAAUGAAUAUGAAGGAGUACACGAUUGCAUUGAUCUUAAUUUUAGUUAGCUUCUGUUCAUCAUCCCUGUGUGAUAGCAAAAACGAAACAAAACACAUUGACAUUGAGUCUAAAAAGGAAAAUACAACUUCCACGCCGACCAAGGUGGAAUCAAGAUUUUUCGACCUCGGAGGAGUUAUUAACCAACUAUUCUCGGGUUUUAAUCAAGGAGGCGCCGCCGGUGAGAAUCCCGGCUUUAAUUUGCCAUCUAAUUCGCAGUUUUAUCCCGGUGUCCCAGCUCAGAACUGGUAUUCUCAAGUACCUAUUAAUCAAGGAAAUGGCUGGAAUUCUAAUCGACAGAAUAUUCAACAACCGUCAGCACAGAAUCAAGGAUUGCCGUUAGAUGUCAACUUUAAUCGGCAAGGGUCAAUAAAUAACAUUAAUCAACCCGGACAAAAUUUCAAUCAAGGUAGUUUAGGACGGUACCCCGCCAACUUAAAUGGUAAUCCAAUAAAUGGUGGAUGGAAUCAGAAUGGACAGGGGGGGAAUCUUCCAAAUUCAGGCUUUCAACAAGGUCAAUCUCAAUUAGGCGCUCUACAGGGUCAAGGUUCUAAUAUUAAUAGUAGGCCAAAUGAAUAUGACAACCAGAAUCAAUAUAAUAAUUAUGGACCGAUCAGAAAUGGUUUCAAUAAUCCGCGAAAUUGGACACCGGAUCAAGGACAAAAUUUGAUGAGUCAAAACAGUAAUCAAGAAAAUGGUUUCAAUAAUAAUUAUUUCAAUCGACCGAAUAGCCAGAAUCCUCCAUACCCAAACAACCAGGGUCAGAAUUUCAACCAAAAAGCACUAAAUAAUUUGAAUCGACAGAGCCAAGACCCAAGCGGUCAGUUACUAGGAAAUGACAGAAGUUUUCAGAAGCAAGGCGCUCCUCGGAAUCAAUAUGAGCAAGGAACGGAACCUAAUUACUUGGACCAAAACAAUAUGUAUAAACCGCAGGUUAAUAUCAAUAAUAAUCAAGUACAAAAUUUAAAUCAACAAGAUACGAAGGUAAAUAUUAACAAUGGCAUAUCUGAUCAACCAUUUCCUGGUUCCAAUUCGUGGAAUAAUCAAAGAAAUGACAACUUGACUAAGGAAAACAAACAAACUAUAAAUAAUGGUCAAGAUUUAAAUUUUAACGACGGAGCAAUAAAGUUUCCGGAUGAUGAUUACAGUGGUAAUAACCCAAUGGUAACCAGAAUUGCAACAACAAGACCACCUCAAAUCAUAUCGUCGACAAAGAGAAUUGCAAUUGUGGGAAAACCUGUUUCUAUACCGACCAGUACUGUAUCUUCAGAUCAAGUUGCAUUCAUAAACAAGUAGGUAACUAGGUAUUAUGUUUAUUUUUGUUUCAAUUUCUAUGAUUAGAUAUAUUCGCCACACUUUUUAAUGAAUAUCGAAGAAAUUAAUUCUUAUUGUGUACCUAUAGAUAUUGAGUUGAAAUAUUGUUUAUGAGUUUAGAAACUUUUUUGUGAUUGAUGAAUUUAGAACUUUGUACAUACUUAUAGCCGCUCUUCUUUUUGUCUUGAGUGAAAAUAACUAGGCGUAAAGUUUGGAAAUAUAUAUUUUUUUUUAUUUGAAAAACGCUACUUCUUUGUAAUACAAAAGCUCGAGUACGCUGACAUAUGAUAAUUUGCCUGAAGCGGCGAAAUAUCUACAUCGGGCCUUGGACAAAUUGUGCCUUUGAGAUACUUCAGUUGAAUAUAUAAUCAAUAUUUUUAACUUUCUUGAUGUGAUGUUAAAAGAUCAAGGUUUUGAUGAAUCAUUGAAUAAUAAUUCGGCGUCGAAAAUUUAGUUCUUCAUUUUGAUACUGGCAGUAGUUGUUAAAGGUAAUUUUAAUCUAAUAAAGAUGAGAAUAUGAUGUUAUUUUUCUUUGCAAACAAACUAAUAUAUUAACAAAAAGUAAUAUUAUAAAAUGAAAUGGUAGAUACUGAAGCUAUCAUCGAAAUUAAAAAAUAUAUGGUGCAUUGAAAAAAUCUAAAAGCGAGUGGCUUUGUUUAAAAUAAUACGCACCUAAAUUGUAAUACAAUCGUGGAUAGCUUAUGAUAAAAAUUAUGAGUUUGUGAAUUUGUAUGUAAUUUAUAUGUUACUCUAUAAAAUUUCUUGAACAGUGACAGUCCAACGGCUGAGCAAAAACAAUGCGUACAAAACUGUCCAACUUCAUCAGAAUACAAUCCUGUAUGUGGCACCGAUAAUGUGUCUUAUUUCAAUCCAGCAAGAUUGAUUUGUGCACGCAAUUGUGGAAUAAGUAAGUGUAAAUAAUUUACAUAUAGAGCAUGAGUCAACGAUGACGGUCCGAUCUUCGCUAUUUUCAAACUGAAAGUGUCACUGGGCAAGUCACGUCUGUCACUAACACAGGUAAGAACGUUCGGAAACAAAAAAUACAUAAUAUAAAAUACAAAAACAAUAGAAAACAUGAAAAGAUUAAACUUUAUACAUUAAGGAUUCGAGGUAAGUAUAUCCCUAUUUUAUAAAUGUUUAUUCUUUGUUACAUACUUUUUAAAAAAACAAUUUUAUUUUAAUUUUACAACACUAUCUCCAUAUUUUCAUUCGAGCGGUAUCU